AAGCAUAAAAUGCAGUAAAUCGAAUAAGUAUAAUAUGGUCCUUCAUACAGACAGUUGUGCGAGGAGGGUGGAUUAGGCAACAUGGGUAACGGUGGAGUAUGCCCAACUGUUUGUACAAAGGAGUUGGUAGGACAAGACAACAUCAAUAAAUAGAGACAAUACAACAUGAAAUAUAAUACAUAAUAUAUAUACAUAAGAAUAAAAUUUGGACAUAUAGCACCCUCGAAUAAUGAUACCACAUACUAUAAAUGGGAGAAAUAGUCAACUUUAUAGGAGAAUGUGCAUAUAUGGUAUGUACCACUCAAGGGUGAGUGUCUUAAGUAAUAAAUGGCUAAUCUAGCAAAAAUGCGUUCCUUCCAGGCUUGGGGAAAUGCAAUGUAAUAGGUUCUGUCAAGUUAUACGCUUUUUUAAGGUACUUUGUAUUUUAUAGUUCUGAAUACCGCUAAAAAAGAUUAGGAUUCAAAAAAAGGAUAUUCAGGUUGCAUUUCCAUAAAACCUAUCAUGAUCGCAUUUCAGCCAGACAAUUCAAAGGUACAGUAUUCUUCUCCACCUGCAGACCUGACUGCUUGAAGAUGAGUUCUGGAGAUGUGAUGGUAUCUUCUGGCGUUGAGAAUGGCGCUGCAGCAUCAGGUGGAGAUGAUAAGAAAGAUGUGAUAUACCCAAAAACAUUUUCUGGCAUGCCGUUUGGUGAGGUGAAUCAUUUUGUGAAUGCAGAUGGUAAUUAUUUGUUUAGCAGAUAUUGGAAACCAGAAAAGGAAAUCAAAGCCUUAGUGUUUCAUGUUCAUGGUUAUGCAGAGCAUUGUGGUCGAUCAAAGGAAUUGGCGAAAAAAUUGAUGGAAAUAGGAGUUUUUUCAUUUGCACAUGAUCAUUAUGCUCAUGGAGAAAGUCAAGGUCUACGUUGUCAUGUGAUGGACUACACAAUUCUAAUCAGAGAUAUACGGCAGCACAUUGAUUUGAUUCGACCAGAAUACCCUGAUCUCCCUAUAUUUUUAUAUGGACAUUCAAUGGGAGGUGGAUUAUCGGUGUUAACAGCUCAUGAAAGACCAAACUAUUUUCGUGGUAUUUUGUUGUCUGCACCCUACAUUACACCUAGUCCAGAUACGGCCACCCCAUUCAAGGUGUUUCUGGCACAAGUUAUUGCUAGUGUCGCACCAAAACUGAGAAUUGGAAAGCUUAACUCAGAAUUUUUAUCAAGAGAUCAGAAACAAAUAGAUGAAGAUAUGAAUGAUCCCUUGAAUGAUCAUGAUGGAUUGAGGGCAGGAUUCGCCAUGCAAUUUCUUGCAAUGUCGGAUAAACUGAAAAAGAUUCUACCCAGUUUAGACAUACCUAUCUUUGCCGCACAUUCAGAAGCUGAUGCAAUAUGUGACAUCGGUGGAACAAAACUCUUGAUAGAAGUCUGUAACAGCAAAGAUAAAACAUUCAAGAUUUACAAGGAUUGCAUGCAUAUGUUAGAGCAUGAAACUCCAGAGUUUGUUGAGGAAUACUUCGCUGAAGUUUUGAAAUGGAUAAAGGAGAGAAUAUGAAUAUAAAUCAGUAUUUCAUAGAUAUUGCAUAAAUAUUGUUGAACUGAAACUAUACACAAUUUAUUUAUUUUAUAACAGUGUCUAAUUGUAUAGAAAUUUUCCAUCACAUUACCAUGCAUUUUAUUACCUUUUACCUGAAUAUUUGAGAUCGGUAGCAAUGUCAAGAAAUCUGUAUUUAUUUUAUUAGUAAACUGUUUUUAACAUGUUUAAUGCCACCUAAGUGCCCCAGCAUAGCUUGUUAGGUAUACUGAUUUUAAAAAUUUAUCACCUAUAUUUUUUAUAUUCAAAGUAUAAUAAAUGCACUUAAUUUGAAACUUUCACAAUCAUGACCAAACUGUGUUCUGAUAUUUGAAAUGCACCUAUAUGUAAAUUAAUUAAAAUACUCUAUGUUAGUUUUCACAUUUCACCCCGGUUGACAAAAAAGAACAUCUUGAGGAUUCGUAAAGAGUGUCACGGACAUUAAA